AUGGAGGCCAUCAAGCGGACUUUCCAGCGCUGCAAGGCCGAGGGCCGGGCUGCGCUCGUUACCUAUGUCACUGCCGGCUUCCCGAAGAUUGAGGACACUCCUCAUGUUCUCCUUGCUAUGGAAAAGGGCGGUGCCGAUGUAAUUGAGCUCGGUGUUCCCUUCACUGAUCCCAUUGCCGAUGGCCCGACCAUCCAGACUGCCAACACCGUCGCUCUUCAAAAUGGUGUUACUAUUCAAACUACCCUCCAGAUGGUGCGGAACGCCCGCAAGCUGGGCCUUCGCGCCCCCAUCCUGAUGAUGGGCUACUACAACCCUCUGCUAAACUACGGCGAGGAGCGCCUGAUCAAUGACUGCAAGGAAGCUGGAGUUAACGGCUUUAUCAUCGUUGACUUGCCGCCCGAAGAGGCAGUCUCUUUCCGCCGUCUGUGCACCAAGGGAGGCCUGUCCUAUGUUCCUCUCAUUGCUCCGGCUACAUCGGAUGCCCGUAUGCGCAUUCUCUGUCAGCUGGCUGAUUCGUUCAUCUACGUCGUCUCGCGCCAGGGUGUCACCGGCGCCCUUGGAACCCUCAAUGCUCACCUUCCCGACCUUCUUGCCCGCGUCAAGAAGUACAGUGGCGACAAGCCUGCCGCUGUCGGAUUCGGUGUCAGCACUCAUGAUCAUUUCCUCUCUGUCUCCAACAUUGCCGAUGGCGUCGUCGUUGGCAGCAUGAUUGUCACAACCCUCCAGAAGGCCGCUGAAAACGAAAAGUACAAGGCUGUUCAGGAGUUCUGCUCUUACCUCUGUGGCCGCAACCCUGCUGCUGAGGAGAGCGCGUCUGGUGCGGAUCAGAACAGCGCUGAUGCCUCUGUUGAUGGCGUCGCUGGCGAUGGUGAAGCCGAAGAUCUUGUCGCGCAGCUUGCUUCUAUGCAUGGCAGGCUUCCAGAGCGUUUUGGCGAGUUUGGCGGACAGUAUGUCCCUGAGUCGUUGAUGGAUUGCCUUUCAGAGCUUGAAGAAGGUUUCAACAAAAUCAAGGAUGAUCCAAACUUCUGGGAAGAGUACCGUUCCUACUACCACUGGAUGGGUCGCCCCGGCCAUCUGCAUAAGGCUGAGCGCUUGUCAGAGUACGCUGGUGGCGCCACGAUCUGGCUGAAGCGUGAGGACCUGAACCAUACAGGUUCUCAUAAGAUCAACAACGCUUUGGGCCAGCUGCUUCUUGCUCGCCGUCUCGGCAAGACCAAGAUCAUUGCCGAGACUGGCGCUGGCCAGCACGGUGUCGCGACAGCUACAGUCUGUGCUAAGUUCGGUAUGGAGUGUACCAUCUAUAUGGGCGCAGAGGAUGUUCGUAGGCAAGCCCUCAAUGUCUUCCGCAUGAGGCUUCUGGGUGCCAAGGUUGUUCCCGUUGAGGCUGGCAGCCGCACUCUUCGUGAUGCCGUCAAUGAGGCCCUUCGUGCCUGGGUCGUCAACCUCGAGGACACUCACUAUAUCAUCGGUUCGGCCAUCGGCCCGCAUCCUUUCCCGACUAUCGUCCGCACAUUCCAGUCUGUCAUUGGUAACGAGACCAAGGCUCAAAUGCUUGAGCAGUGCGGCAAACUGCCAGAUGCGGUGGUGGCAUGUGUUGGCGGCGGUAGCAAUGCGGUGGGCAUGUUCUAUCCCUUCAGCAGCGAGCCCAGCGUCAAGCUGCUCGGUGUGGAGGCUGGCGGUGACGGCAUCGAGACGAACCGCCACAGUGCCACGCUCACAGCUGGCUCUAAGGGCGUUCUUCAUGGUGUCCGUACCUAUGUCCUGCAAAACGAGCAUGGGCAGAUCGACGAGACACACUCCGUCUCAGCUGGUCUUGACUAUCCAGGUGUUGGUCCCGAGCUGUCCCACUGGAAGGAUACUGGGCGUGCUCAGUUCAUUGCCGCCACUGAUGCCCAAGCCUUCAUUGGCUUCCGCCUGAUGAGCCAGCUUGAAGGUAUCAUUCCCGCCCUGGAGUCGUCUCACGGUAUCUAUGGUGCCAUUGAGCUGGCCAAGACCAUGCGCAAGGACCAAAACAUCGUUGUCUGUCUCAGUGGACGUGGUGAUAAGGAUGUGCAGCACGUCGCCGAGGAGUUACCCAAGAUUGGCCCGCAGAUCGGCUGGGAUCUCCGAUUCUAA